CUACUUCCGGUUGAUGUUGCGAGGCGGUUGGCAAUCGACGAAAUGACAGUUUCGCCACCUGCUGGUCUGGAGGAAUCAAACCAGGCUGAGAAAACAUUACAUUACAGGACAUACAGUAUAUAUUUUACAUGUGGUUUAGUAUGAUAUACUGUGAUGUCCCGGUGGUGUUGAACGUCCAGCACCGUUUCCUUCCUUCCCCUCUCGGGUUCCACCUGAUGCUCGUCCUGUCCCCGGGCCCGUCACCAUGACCGUCACGUACUCCAGCAAAGUGGCCAACGCCUCCUUCUUCAGCUUCCACCGGCUGCUGCUGCGCUGGAGGGGAAGCAUCUACAAGCUGCUGUACCGGGAGUUCGCCCUGUUCGUCCUGCUCUACAGCGUCCUGAGCGUCGUCUACAGGCUCGUCCUCUCCGACCAGCAGAAGAGAUUGUUUGAGAAACUUUCCCUGUACUGUGACAAGUACGCGGAGCAGAUCCCCGUCACCUUCGUCCUGGGUUUCUACGUGACUCUGGUGGUGAACCGAUGGUGGAACCAGUUCCUUAACCUGCCGUGGCCCGACAGACUCAUGUUCCACAUCUCCAGCUGUGUUCAGGGUAAAGACGAAUAUGGCCGCCUGCUGCGCAGGACCUUGGUGCGUUACGUCAACCUGACGUCGCUGCUCAUCUUCCGCUCCGUCAGCACCGCCGUCUGCAAACGGUUCCCGACCAUGGACCACGUGGUGGAGGCAGGCUUCAUGACCCCGGAGGAGAGGAAGGUGUUCAACGACAUCCGCUCACCUCACCUGAAGUACUGGAUCCCCAUGGUCUGGUUCGCCAACCUUGCGUCCAAAGCCCGACAGGAAGGACGCAUCCAGGACAGCAUCGACCUGCAGAACAUUCUCAACGAGAUGAAUCGCUUCAGGACCUGGUGUGCGACGCUGUUCGGCUACGACUGGGUCGGCAUCCCGCUGGUCUACACUCAGGUCGUCACUCUCGCCGUCUACACCUUUUUCUGCGCCUGUCUGAUCAGUCGACAGUUUCUCGACCCCGCCCAGUGUUACCCGGGUCACGACCUCGACUUCUACGUGCCCGUCUUCACGCUGCUGCAGUUCUUCUUCUACUCCGGCUGGUUGAAGGUGGCGGAGCAGCUGAUCAACCCGUUCGGGGAGGACGACGACGACUUCGAAGCGAACUGGAUCAUCGACAGGAACCUGCAGGUGUCGCUGUUGGCCGUGGACGAGAUGCACAUGAACUUGCCUCACAUGACCAAAGACGUGUACUGGAACGACUGCGACGCUCGACCGCCGUACACGCUCGCCGCCGCCGACUCCUGCAUCCCCUCGUUCCUUGGCUCCACCACCGACAUGGGACUCUCAGACAUUCUCCAGUUCGAUGACAUCGACGUUAGCGACAGUCGUCCACCGCUACAGGACCCGGUUCUGAUUCGGCGCCAAGAAUCGGUUCUGGGUCGAGUCCGCCGGCUGCUCAGCGUCCAGGAGCCUCCCGACCUCCGACCUCCUCGACCCAUCUUCAAGCGACACAGCAGCGACGCGACAGGAAGCUUCUUCCCAGACUUCCGGCUCAACGCAGGUGCAGACGACGUGGCUCCGCCCUUCUCCUUGGUCACGCCCCCAACCCCCGUCGACACCUUGUCCACGCUGCGGGAGGUCAGCAGCAACCUUCCGUCCCCCGAAACGUCGCCCUCCGCCUUCUUCCCACAAUUCGUGGUCAGUCCGCCGUUGACCGGUGACGUCUGUUAUGACCAUGUUGAAGUGACGAAACCUCAGAACGGUCUGGACCCUUCGCCCACCGACGAGGCUCCGGGUUCCGUCACUCAGAGGGCCGGGUCUUCGUUCUGUUAUUCCCCCACUCAACUGGGACCAAAGGAAUUCCAGUGGACGACGCUCCAAAAUGUCCAAAGCCGCCCGCCACCUCGGCCUCGAGGGCGUCAGUUCUCCCUGCAGUUCUCCAGACAGACGUCCAAGUCGUCGGUGCGCAGCCUCCCGAGCCCCAAGGCCCUGGGGAGGCAGAGACGAGGCCUGGCCCGAUUCCAGUCCAGAAGAACGCCGGCUCCGUCUGCCGACACUUUGCAGCUCCCGGACCCCGAGUACGACCACAACUUCCAGGGAAUCGCAGGGACUGAGGACGAAGUCACCAACAACAACAGGGAAGUGGAGAACAACGACAACUGCCAGUCGCGGAGUUCGGAAGAGAAAUGAGAACCACUCACGUAGAAGUUUUGUAGCUGAACACGACAAUCGAGAAUCAUUUGAAGUCUUAGCGUAGUUUCUGAACCCUAAUCCAAUCAUGACAUACAAGGAAAUUCUAAUUUUUUUUAAGUUAAGAAAAUAUGGAAAAUAUCCUAUGAAAUUAAGUUUUACAAUUAAAUUCAAAAUGACAUUUUUUGGUACUAAAUAAUAAAGAAAUAGAGAGACACCUGUUAUUUAAAAUGUGAGUGUUUUGGACACCUCCUAGUGACCAACAGAGGAACUGCAGGUGAACACAUUAGAACCGACUCCACGACCCAGAUCCUUCAGGUUCUGGUUCUCAGGAUCAAUGUCUGGACUUUAAGUCGUCUGACUCUUUGUAAUGACUCUUAUUGUAUUCGUCUGUUUUUGUCAAUGUGACCUGAAGUUAUAUAAAAUACCCCAAAACCAAAAAUUGUUGGAAA